AUGCAAAGAAUGAUGUCAGCGAUGUGUCCCGGAUCGUGUUCUGGAAGAGGCGGCUGUUACGCCUCGCCGACUGGCCCAGAAUGCCAAUGUCGCGAAGGGUUCACCGGUCAAAUGUGUGAAAUUGUUAUCGAGAAGACCACAUCCGCCGUCGUCUCCGCCGCCGAAGACACUAGUGACUUCUGGGUGGUUCUUCUCGUCUCGGCGCUCGUCUUCUUCGCCCUUCUCUCUGCCGUCGGUGCCAUUUGCUACUACGUCCGUUCCCAAAAGGUGGACGUUGUUGGGUCGCUUGAUGAGGUGAUCGAUGAAGCGAAAGCGGCGCCAAAGCGAGUCAAGCGUCCGCCCGAUGAUCUCUCCUCUUUCCUGCUGGACCUUCGAAACUGGAUCUCGGAUCCGGCGGUCCAAUCGGCUUCCGCCAAUCAUGAGAAGCCCGUCGAGCGCCACCUGUACUUCAAUGGCUACCAUUCCUCCUGCGUCCUUCUCCUGAAGGAGCCAUUGCUUUUGACGUUGGUCCAUUGA